GGUCCCGCCGGCUCAUUUUCCCGCUCCACCGGCAGCUACUGCAGAAGCCAUCUGCGUUGCACUCGCUGUCGCUUUUCUCCUAAGCUGCGCGCAGCUCGGUACCCGCGCGUCAUCAUGCCCAACAUCGUGCUCUUCAGCGGCAGCUCGCACCAGGACCUGUCCCAGCGCGUGGCCGAUCGCCUGGGCCUGGAGCUGGGCAAGGUGGUCACCAAGAAAUUCAGCAACCAGGAGACCAGUGUUGAGAUUGGUGAAAGUGUGAGAGGAGAAGAUGUUUAUAUCAUCCAGAGUGGCUGUGGAGAAAUUAAUGACAACCUCAUGGAGCUGCUCAUCAUGAUCAACGCAUGCAAGAUUGCGUCUUCAUCCAGGGUGACUGCUGUGAUCCCCUGUUUCCCAUAUGCCCGCCAAGACAAAAAGGACAAGGUAGGCGAGAGCCGUGCUCCAAUUUCUGCAAAACUUGUGGCCAACAUGCUCUCCGUUGCUGGGGCUGACCACAUCAUCACCAUGGACCUGCAUGCCUCUCAGAUUCAGGGAUUCUUUGAUAUUCCUGUGGAUAAUUUAUAUGCGGAGCCUGCAGUCCUGCAGUGGAUUCGGGAGAACAUCACUGAGUGGAGAAACUGUAUCAUCGUUUCCCCAGAUGCGGGGGGAGCCAAAAGGGUCACAUCAAUUGCAGACAGGUUGAAUGUGGAAUUUGCUUUGAUUCACAAGGAGAGAAAGAAAGCAAAUGAAGUGGACCGUAUGGUUCUGGUGGGUGAUGUGAAAGACCGCGUGGCCAUCCUGGUGGAUGACAUGGCAGACACGUGUGGAACCAUCUGCCAUGCUGCAGAUAAGCUACUCUCAGCUGGAGCCACCAAAGUUUAUGCUAUCCUUACCCAUGGAAUCUUCUCUGGGCCAGCUAUCUCCAGAAUAAAUAAUGCUGCCUUUGAGGCUGUUGUAGUCACCAACACCAUUCCACAAGAGGAUAAAAUGAAGCACUGCUCCAAGAUUCAGGUGAUUGACAUUUCAAUGAUCCUGGCUGAAGCCAUCCGCAGAACGCACAAUGGGGAAUCUGUGUCCUAUCUCUUCAGCCAUGUCCCACUGUAGUCUGAAACAGGAUGCAGAAUGUGGAGCAAGCCUCCUCCAACUUCUCACUGUUUUUGUCUAUCUGCUGUUUUAGCGUUAGGACUCAGCAAUACUAGGACGAUCACUGGUAAAAGCAUCUGAUCUCUGUAUACUCUGAGAUUCCGUGUCUUCCCUUCUAAAGGUCGAGACUACUUCUUUCCAGUUUGGGGGUAGGGGAAGGUGGUAGUUAUUUGAUCUGUAAGUGAACUGUCAUAAAUGAGAAAUGUUCUUCUCAUCUUGACUUGUUCUGAUAGAUGAUCUUUUCCCUCAUCUGUUUUAGUACUUUGAGGCAACAACUUUUAAACCUAAAAUCCCAUUGUGGAAAGUAAUCGUUUAUAUAUUUUAAGGUUGCCAAAGGUGACUUCAGUUGAAAGCCUUUUGUGUAAAUAUAUAAUGAUAAUGCCUGUGGACAUUUGGGUAAAACCCUAUAUAGACCUUUACUUCAGAGUGAAGCUCAGAAAAUUUAUACUACCAUGAAGUUUGAAUUUAUCUAUUUUCUAAUUUUAAAAUGAUAACUGGAUUUAUUUAGCUAUUAUGCUUAAUUUGGACUGAAUCUUAUUGAACCUAAGGUAGUCACUGACACAUUUACUUUUGGUAGACAUUAGACAUAUCAAAAGCAAUGUAAUUUUGUAUUUUUUUAUUAUUAUUACCACUCUGAAGGUAUGACGUGUCAACUUACCUGAAACUCCAACAUGAUGUUCAGCAAUCACUAUAUUUCAAAAUGUAAUCAGUGCGUUCCCCGUCACAUUGAUGCUCAUCUCUAUCCAUUCCAGGAGAAUAAUUCUUUUGGGACACAUCUCAAGUCCUAUCAUUUUGUUCUUUGACUUCAUCUUUUUAGUGAUAGCCUUUCCUUGCAUUUUUUUUUCUCAAUAACUUCAUGUCGUAGAUAGCCACCAAAAGAAAGACUCCCUGAAAUCCCCUCAAACUUAAUUAAGUUCAUCAUUAUUUUGUUUUAGACAUAAACAAAAAGGAGAGGUUUUAAGAGUGCCACCAAAUAUAUUUGUUCAAGCCCUAUUUCAUGAGCUUUGAUGAAAUGUUCUUUGGUUCUUUUUAAUCAGAGGUAAUAAGUCUCUAGCAACUGAUUACCUUCACUAAAGUUAUGUAAAAAUGUAGACAGGAGAAGCCUAUGAAAAGAGGAUGAAAAAGUAAACAAUUGUGCUGUUAAGAUAACAUUCAAAAAUGACUCAAAAAUGAUUGUGAAGGAGAGAUUCCCUGAGGAUUGCAUUCUUGAUAAGACAGUCUUAGCGAAGUAUAGUAGUUCACAUCUUUAGUCCCAGCACCCAAGCCGAGGCAAGAGGCUCGCCACAAGUUUGAGGCCAGCCUGGGUUACAUAGUGAGUUAAAGGUCAGCCUAGACUACAGAGUUGAGACUACCUGUCAUAAUCAAAAACAAUAAAAAAAAUCCAGUCCUUUAUAAGAUCUGUUAAAGUGGCAAAAAAAUCCCAUUGAUUCAAUUAUGUUGUAUGUAUGAUGAUAAACAACCACCCAAAUUUUCCUGCCCCUAAAGAGGAUUUUCCUGUGUAGACAAAGCUUAAGAAUGUUAAACAAUCUCUACCCCUGCUGAAUCUUAAAACUAGUAGAGAAUAAACAUCCAGACCUAAGUUCUUCAGGUAGAAAAAAUAAAAUCUGAGUAACUAACAAACUUGACUAGUACGCUAGGAUUUCAGGCUUCAGGGCAGCAGAAAAGUUAGAAAGUAUCGUUGAACUUGUUACAAAAACUAGCAUUUGUAGUGACUCUGGAGAAAGUGGUCUUGUCACCUGGGAUGUUCAGCUCUGGGAUAUAGAUUGUACAAAGUCUUGGCUAGACGUGUUAAAAGGCCUUUUUGAUGCUGUGCAGUUUUUGUGAUAAAUAUAUGACAUAUGUAUUUCUUGGAAUGUUAUGCUUCUGUGAGUGUAAUGAAGAUACAAUUCUGCACGCCAUAUGAACAAGUUUUGGUAUGCUGGCAUGACGAAAGCCAGUUGAUUUAAAGGUAAUCGUAUUAUCUAAGAUAUUUAAAGAUUAUGAAUAUGUACAACAACUAUAGGAUUUGGGGGGUCUUUCUUUUUUUCUUUGUUUUGGUUUUUUGUUUGUUUUGUUUUUGAGACAGGGUGUCCCUGUAGCCCCAAGCUGACCUGGAACUCUGUAUGUAAACCAGGUCCUUGAUCUCACAGAGAUCCAACUGCCUCUGCUUCCCAAGUGUGGUGGGAUUAAAGGUGUGUGUCACCGUGCUUGGCAUACAGCCAGUUUUAACAUAAUGAUCUUCAGAGAAAAAAGUUUAAGAAUCUGCAUGGCUGUCCUCUGAAUUAGGAGCUAAUGGUUGCUGUUCUUAUUUUGCCUUUGAAUACAUUCAUGAACCAACUAGACUGGACUGAGCCUUACAUAGUGCAAAUGUAGGCUUCAAAUAUUUGCUGGUUUCAGUUCAGCAGAAGUGAUGAGAACUGCCUCAUGAGCAGUCUAAACCCAGAACUUUCUCAUUCCUUGCUACUUGUGGUGAAAAAAAUAAUAAACCAUAAAUGAAAUCACCAAAUACAUCAGUCCUGUCCACCUCUACUGAAUGAGGGUAUAUUAGACAUAUAUCUAACUGAAAGGGGGAGCCAGGAAAAUAUGAAUAUACCAAAGUUGCUUAGCCUCCAUCUUAAAAAUUAUAUUAGUCAACUGAUAAAUGUUCAUAUAAUAACUUUCCUUUGUUAGAUAUGAUGUCAACUAAAUUCAAGAAUUUAUUAUUUGAAGUGCUUGCACUGGUUUUAGAGAAUAGGGAAUUUUAAGAUUCUGUCAUGUUUACUAAAACAUUUCAAUAAAAAUAUGCUGACUA